AUGAAACCAGAAGAAGACAUUGUUCAACAUCUUAUUACUGCAAAUCGAAAGAUGCAAGAAGUGUCAUGGAAGGGUCGUGAACUGAUUAGAAAGAAUAAAGUGCAUUAUAGAGAUGAUUUUAAGAAAACUAAAUGCAGAAAGGACUUCUGGUGUGUUUUGAUGCAAGACAGAAAAGUGAUUACUUAUGCAUUUCGUCAGCUAAAAAUGCAAGAACGCAAUUAUCUGACACACGAUGUAGAGCUAGUACUAUGGUUUUUGCUCAAAAUAUUUAGAGAUGCUAUCUAUUUUGAUUGUGUUAUUGAUUACCACCCUGGUAAAGCUAAUGUUGUAGCUGAUGCGUUGAGUAGGAAAGUAGCAAUUGAAUUACAAGCAAUGUUUUCUCAGUUCAAUAUCAAUGACUAUGGAAGCCUAUUGGCUGAACUAAAAAUCAAACCAGUGAUGUUUGAUCGAAUCAAGUCAGCACAAUUAGAAGAUGACAAGUUGGUGAAGAAAAGAGAAAUGGUUCAGAAUGGUAUAUUAGAAAAUUUCAGCAUUGAUGAUUAUGGUCAUUUGAGAUUUCAUAACCAAAUUUGCAUUUCGAAUGUUUUUGAAUUGAAAGAGUUGAUAUUUUGCGAAGCUUAUGAUAAUCAUUUUGCUUUGCAUCCUGGAGGAACAAAAAUGUAUCGUGAUCUGGGAGAAUUUUAUUGA